GCGGAAAGUCGGGUAUCCGAACCUCUCAUUGGUCCUUCCGUCCAAACCUAUAACUAAACAGCCUUUUCUGUUCACGUAGGCCCGAGGCCCUAAGAAACACUUGAAGCGCUUGGCGGCUCCGCGCCACUGGAUGCUGGAUAAACUGACGGGAGUGUUUGCUCCACGUCCAUCCACUGGUCCCCACAAACUCCGGGAAUGUCUGCCCCUCAUCAUUUUCCUCAGAAAUAGACUAAAGUAUGCCUUGACUGGUGAUGAAGUCAAGAAAAUUUGCAUGCAGAGAUUCAUCAAGAUUGAUGGCAAAGUUCGCACAGAUAUCACCUAUCCUGCUGGAUUCAUGGAUGUCAUCAGCAUCGAUAAGACGGGUGAGCACUUCCGUCUGAUCUACGAUACAAAAGGUCGUUUUGCUGUGCACAGAAUAACUGCUGAGGAAGCAAAGUACAAGCUGUGUAAAGUGAGGAGGAUCCGAGUGGGCACCAAGGGAAUUCCACAUCUCGUUACACAUGAUGCGCGAACUAUUCGCUAUCCAGAUCCUCUGAUCAAGGUCAAUGAUACUGUGCAGAUUGAUCUGGAUACUGGCAAGAUCACGGACUUCAUUAAGUUUGACACAGGCAACUUGUGUAUGGUGAUAGGAGGUGCUAACUUGGGCCGUAUUGGGGUAAUCACAAACCGGGAGAGGCAUCCUGGCUCUUUCGAUGUUGUUCACGUAAAGGAUGCCAAUGGUAAUAGCUUUGCUACCAGGCUUUCCAACAUUUUUGUUAUUGGAAAGGGUAACAAGCCAUGGGUUUCCUUGCCUCGUGGAAAGGGUAUCCGCCUUACCAUUGCUGAAGAGAGAGACAAGAGGCUCGCUGCAAAACAAAGUAGUGGUUAAAUUUGUACAAUCGACAGUGGAAGCAACAAGAUGCAAAUCAGAAAUUAAAAUGUUUUAUGUAUA